AUGGCCAUCCUCCGAUGCUACCGCGGUCUACCGGCCAUCAACAGCAGCCCGGUCCUCAACAGUACAACAGCCAUCAACAGCACUUCGGCAACGGUCAACCUCAAGCCCAGUCUCCGGUUGUCCGGCCCCGGUAGAGUACAGGGCCCCUAUCAGCAACACCGCCCUGCCAGGAAACCCGUCCCCGUCAGCGACAACAUCAACGUCACCCUCAACGCCACCGUCACGACCUACUACGGCCAAACCGUCAAGAUCGUAGGCUCAUGUCCCGAGCUGGGGUCCUGGAACGUCGACAACGCCCCCGCCAUGUCGGCCCACUCGACCUACAGCGACGGCAACCACCUGUGGCAGCUGGCGAGGAAGCCCAUAAAAGUGGGCACCAAGUUCGAGUACAAACUCGUCAAGGUCGCUCCGGGGCAGGACCCGGAGUGGGAGGGUGGCAACAAUCGCGAGGUGGACCUGAAGGAUCAGGGAGGCGGCGAACAGGCGGUGCAGGGUUCCUGGCGAUAG